AUGGGGAACUCUACUAAAGAUGGCUUCAGAGCACUUCUCAACGAAAGAGAGGAUAAUGAGAUGGAGAUAUUUGGAUACAAAACAAUUCCAUGGCGCACAGCACUUUGCAUUAUAGGAUAUAUAUUUUCAUUAGGAUUACUAUGGCUACUGUUCUAUUGGAAACCGGAAUGGGAAGUCUGGGCUCGCUGUGACCCUUGCACGUUACAGGAAGCCAACGUUAUAUUGCUUCAAACAACGGAUGAAUUUAAACAGUACAGCAAAAAGCAUGUCACAUGGACGCACCUUUCUGAGCUGAAAUCAUUGAUUGGUACAUCUGACCAACCCAUUCCUGGGGACAGACAUUCCAUCAUAAACAAAGCAAUUGUGACACCUGCGUUAAAAGUUAAAUGUGUUUGGGUGCAGAAGAUCAAGUAUAUUUGGUUGAUUUCAGAAAAGAAGUUCCAGAAAGUUGGAGCCCUGGAGGAUGAAUACUCGUGCUCUGAAUUACACUCCAGGUUUGGGUCCGGGCUCAGUCGAGAAGAGCAAAAGCUAAGGAGAUUUGUUUGCGGGCCAAAUGCCAUUGAGGUUGAAGUUGUGCCAGUGUGGAAAUUGCUUUUUAAGGAGAUUUUAAAUCCGUUCUACAUAUUUCAAGUUGCAAGUCUUAGCUUAUGGAUGGCAGAAGGCUACAUUGAAUACUCUAUAAUAAUUAUCAUUAUAACCCUAAUUUCUAUCAUCCUGACUGUCUAUGAUCUCAGACAGCAAUCUGUGAAACUGAAUAAACUAGUUGAAUCCAAUAACAGCACAAUAGUAACUGUGCGCAUGAAUGAUGGGGCACAUGAAGAGGUGGAAUCCCGACACUUGGUCCCUGGAGAUGUAAUUGUUCUUACAGGAAAAAGGUUCUUUCUUCCUUGCGACUGUAUUCUUCUAAGAGGAAGCUGCAUUGUGAAUGAAGGGACACUCACAGGAGAGAGUAUCCCAGUUACAAAAUCUCCUCUUGACAAUAUACCAAACUCCGUUCCUUGGAAAAUACAGAGUGGGGAGGAUUUCAAGAGACACGUGCUUUUCUGUGGGACUGAAGUCAUCCAGUCAUCAUCGUCUAGCUCUUCUCCUGUAAUAGCUGUAGUGAAACAAACAGGUUUCAACACAGCUAAAGGAGAAAUGGUAAGGUCAAUCCUGUAUCCGAAACCCAUGAACUUCAAGCUAUAUCGAGAUGCUACCAGGUUUCUUAUGUGCCUUGUUUUAAUAGCAUUCAUCGGUUUCAUCUAUUCCGUGGUCUUGUUUACAGUUAAAGGGGCAACAGUUCGAGAUGUGAUUGUAAAAUCAUUAAUUUGUGUCACAGUUGCCAUUCCCCCUGUACUACCCGCUGCAGUUGCCACGGCUAUUAUGUAUGCCCAAAAGAGACUCAAGAAAAAAAAGAUAUUUUGUCUAAGCCCGCAAAGAAUUAAUGUUUGUGGAAGGAUAAACUUGGUCUGUUUUGAUAAAACCGGUACAUUAACGGAAGAUGGACUUGACCUGUGGGGUGUAGUCCCUUGCACUGGAAACAGCUUUCAGAAUGUUCACAUGUUCACAAAGGGGAACAGUUUGCCCUGGAGCCCACUUCUCGGGGCGAUGGCCUGCUGCCAUUCAUUGAUAAUUUUGGAUGGGAAGAUUCAAGGUGACCCUUUGGAUUUGAAGAUGUUUGAAGGAACAGAUUGGGAGUUAGAGGAUUCAUGUCAAUCGAACAUGUAUGAUGACACUUCAACUACAUCACGUCUUCUGAUAAAACCAGGACCUCAGAGUUGUUCAGUUCCAGUGAAGGGUAUGAUUAUUCUACAACAGUUUCCAUUCUCCUCCAGCCUUCAGCGUAUGUCUGUUGUUUCCAAAGUACUAGGGGAUGAAGAACACUUUGUUUUCAUGAAGGGAGCCCCAGAAAUGGUAACUCAGUUUUGCCUUCCAGAAUCAGUUCCACCAAACUUUGCAAGUGAACUCCAACUAUACACACUUCAAGGUUUCAGAGUUAUAGGCCUGGCAUAUAAAACACUACAAGGCUUUAAAGAUGAAGGACAAGAUAGGUACACAAGGGAGGAGGUGGAAUUUGGCCUUACAUUUCUUGGUCUUUUGGUAUUAGAAAACCGCUUGAAAGCAGAAACUAUCCCAGCAAUACAGGAAUUAAACAAUGCUUUAAUCAGACCAGUAAUGAUCACAGGAGACAACCUACAGACAGCAAUAACUGUUGCAAGAAAUUCUGGUAUAGUGCAAAAUCAUGGUCGAGUGAUCCUUAUUGAAGCAUCUGAAGCAACUGAACAUUUUUCACCUUCUAUUACAUGGAAAGAGAUGGAGAAUCCUAAAAGUGAUGUGCAUGAAAUGACAGAAAUUGACAUUGAGAAAUGUGAAAACACCCAAGCCUAUCAUUUUGCUAUGACUGGGAAAACCUAUCAGGUCAUAGUCCUGAAUUUUUCCAACUUGCUGCCAAAACUGUUGCUUAAUGGUACUAUCUUUGCAAGAAUGUCUCCCGGACAGAAAUCCAGCCUGAUUGAGGAAUACCAAAAAAUGGAUUACUAUGUGGCUAUGUGUGGUGAUGGAGCAAAUGAUUGUGGGGCUCUAAAGGUAGCUCAUGCUGGCAUAUCCUUAUCUGAACAAGAAGCCUCUGUAGCUUCGCCUUUUACUUCACAAAUUCCAAAUAUCCAGUGUAUUCCGCAACUCAUUAAGGAAGGUCGAGCCGCACUAGUGUCUUCAUUUGGGGUCUUCAAAUAUGUAACUCUUUAUGCUAUGAUACAGUUUAUCUGUUUGCUUCUUCUCUACUGGCAACUAAAAUCUGUUGGGUUGUAUCAAUAUCUUGUCCAAGAUGUCGGGAUCACCAUUAUUGUCUCCUUAACAAUGACUCUAACCCAUGCCUAUCCAAAGCUGGCUCCUUUCCGGCCACCUGCGCAGCUGAUAUCACCUCCUCUUUUGCUGUCAGUGAUAUUUAAUGUGCUUCUUAACCUGGCCAUGCAGGUCUGUAGCAUUGUAAUACUGCAGCAGCAACCUUGGUACAGUUCGUCUAACUUAAGAGCCUGUGCACCAGCAUAUGAAAAUAUAACUAAUAUUAAUACAGUUAGUGUUUCAAAUGGGAGCAGUCCCGAGGUGCUCCAAGGCUCAGAAUAUGAAAAUUAUGAAACUACAACUUUAUGGCCAAUAACUACAAUCAGCUGUGUCAUCGUGGCAUUUGUCUUCUCCAAGGGAAAACCGUUCAGAAAGCCCAUAUAUACUAACUAUAUAUUUUUUGUCUUACUGCCCAUACAACUUGCUGCAUGCCUUUUCAUCUUGUUUGCCGACUUUGACAGGUUAUACAGAGCACUGCAACUUGUCUGUACUCCUACUAUCUGGAGAAUUUCCAUUCUAAUUAUGUUGGUCAUUUAUUUUAUCAUGUCUUUCAUUGUAGAGGAAGCCAUUAUUGAAAAUAGGCGACUUUGGCUGUAUUUAAAAAGACUUUUUAAUUAUCAUUCAAAAAGCCAGUACAGAGUACUAUAUAGAAUGCUUGAAGAUGACCACAGCUGGCCGCCGGUGAACCUGACUCAGUAUGCCCAAACAGACAAUACUGAAACCAAAACACAAGUUUACUCCAAUGAAGUUUAUGUUAAUGAUGAGAAGCCACAUAAUGGAAUGACUGAAUGACGGAAUAAUGGAAUUAGUACAGAGUACUAUUGGAACCCAGUACACAAACACAUUUACUAACCAGUAAA